AUGCAGCUUCGCCGCUUGUAUCUACGGUACUUCCCACCAGCGCUGCGGCUCGAAUAUGUCCACUCCGACGGCCAAGUGGGACUCAAGACCAUCGACCUACCCCACCUCAGCGCCGAAUCCAAUAUUGCACAAGUGGCUCAGCAGCUUAUCGACCAAGAACGUUUGCUCACCAAGGCCACGUUGACCAAGCUGAAGGAGCUGCUUCACCGACUGGUGGACAAGCACCUCGUGUACGCAAGCCAGCAGCAAAGUAGCGCUUUCCGUAUGCACUCGGCGUUGUACCCUCACCAACUUCCGAUGACCAACAUGGCCUGCAGUAAGAGCGCGAAACUUGUAGCAACCAGCAGCUACGACAAGACCAUUCGACUAUUGCGGCCGUUCGAUGCACCAUGCACUGUGAACUCGUCGUCUCUUAGCAGCAAACAUUGCGAGAAAGAGAUCGCAGCGCUGGCAGGUCAUGAGGGCGUCGUAUUCAGCUUGGCCUUCAACGCACCACACGCCACGCGGUUGCUCUCUGGGUCGUUUGAUAAAACUUGCCGACUCUGGAAUGUGCAGACGAGAAAGGCUAUUGGUGUGUAUGACGGCCAUACUGGGGAAGUUGUAGGUGCUGUAUUUGCUCCUGGUGCUGCUAACAGCCGAUGCUUUGGAAGCUGCUCGGUGGAUGGAUCUGCCAUUGUGUGGGACUUGGAAACGGAGACCAUUCGACAUACUCUUUCGGGUCAUUCUGCUGAGGUGUCGUGCCUAGCGUUUGACUCUGCUGAGACCAAGCUUGUUGCCACCGGCUCCUGCGAUUCAACCGUAAGGCUUUGGGACACCCGCUAUGGUGGCUGCUUCCGUUGUAUCGAGCACCACGACGCCGACAUUUCCAGCGUCUCGUUCGAUUACCAAGCGAAUACAUUGCUGUCGUCCUCUGUUGAUGGAACGUGCAAGUUGUGGGACGCACGCACGGGGAAGUCUCUCUAUGAUUGGGAGGAGCACCGUGGGUACGAGGUGACUCACGCUGCCUUCAAUGCCUCUGGUGCCCUCGUGGUGUCCUGCGGCACCGACGGCAAAGCGUACAUCUACGACACCCUCACGGGGACUAGACGAUGUGCGCUGCAUGGUCAUCUCAAGGCGGUGAACAAGGUUUGCUUUAGCAUGCAAGGACUGCAAGUGCUCACAGCUAGCACUGACGGAACGGCUCGGGUCUGGAAUGCUUUCUCCGGGGAGUGCCUGCAAGUUUUGCGCGGUCACGAUGCUGAGGUUUUCGAUUGCAACUUCAGCUAUGACGGUUGCGUUGCCAUAACGGCAUCCAUCGACAAUUCCGUACGUGUAUGGAAGCGCGAAGCUGCUGACUAA